GCCGGACCGUUCUGAUUGCAACCCAGGUCCCUCUUCCAAUCAGGCACAUCUCCUUCUCCAUCACGUAGUGACCCAUAAAAUUCACCACCAAUCUCUGAACAAGAAGCCAUUGAUCUUCUUCGCUGUUACUAUAUCUAGUCUUCUUCUGCUCCUCUCGCUCUUCUUCGUCCAAUCCGAGCCUUUCAAAUCCCUAGUCUUGUGGGUCUCGCUCUCCCUCCUAAUCGGCCCCUUCGCCCCAUCUAAGCUCUCCGGAGAAGAUAUUCGCGUCGGUCAAGGUCCAAUUUUGGAACCUCCCCUCGUUGACAAGCCCGAAUCAUCGACGAAAAAACCACAUCUGAAGAAACGCCCAAAACUCAUGGCUGUGUAUUCAACUCCGAUCAUUGAGAACUCACUCUAUUUUCUUCUUGGAAUGAGUUAUGUGUGUGGGGUUAGGAGCCCAACACUAAAAAAAGACACUUUCCUAUAUAAGUCAAGGAAAGUCGGGGAGAAUCUAUCUUGCGAAUGAAAAGGGUGGAAUUUCGAUCGGGAAACCCAGUUUUUGGUCUGAUUCUGAUUUCAGUUGCUUUGGAUGAUGGGGUCUGCUUCGCAAGUUUUUGAUAUCAGCUCGGAUGAGGAAACUGUAGUGGAGGAUGUUAAAUGCAACCCGGAAGAUUACCUCUGGCUGGAGGAGAUUCUUGAAACCGUGAAUAAGAAAACGGACGACUCCGAUGAGGUUGUCGUACUGGGCGAGUACAACUCGAAGUCCCAAACCCUCAAAGCCGCCAACAUCGAGGAUGACGACGACUGCAUCGUUUUGGACGGCGACCCAGAUAAGGUUUCGCGUGCCGGUGAAGAUGUCAACCAGUGCGAUGGCGAUUCUGAUGAAGUGAUAGUUGUUGGACAGAAGGGCCAGAUUGCGUGCAGGGACUACCCCCAUGCACGAUAUCUCUGUGCUAAAUUUCCUUUCAGUUCCACCCCUCAUGAAAGUUACUGUGACCGGUGCCACUGUUUUGUUUGCGACUCACCUGCACCAUGUGCUCACUGGGGUAAUGGGGUCUCCGGUAUCAGGCAUUGUCAUGCCACUGAUAAACAAGAGUUCUGGAAAGCUGAGCGUAAAAGUUAUAAGCUGAAGAAAGAUCUUGUGCCACCUGUUCCAGAACUUCAUGAUGCUCCUCUCCCUGCUUCACUGCCCCAAGUUGAGCGUGGUCGAUCUCUAGCACGAGAUGAUAUCUCCAGAAGGACUACAUUUCGUCCCUGCUCUACAGACGAGUUUAGCGUCCCAAACAUUAUUAGUCAGGGUAGAAGUCAACAGCCUGGAAAUGUUUGCAGCAGAAACGCUUACCAUCCUCUACCAGCGACAAAGCAGGUUCUUGGUGUAUCUAAUAGUGCCAUCCAGAGGAGCAGAGGUUCUAGUAUUGGCAACUUAGGCACCCAUCCUGCCUCUUCGAAUACAAUGUUUAAAAGGCCAGGCGUUGUUGGGGGCCCUAUGACCAAUUGUCGAUCUGUUCGGGGUCCAUCGAACAAUAUUAAUUCUGGUCAUUCAUCACCAUAUACAAGAACUCCUCAACGAUCUGUUCGUGGUCCAUCAAACAAUAUUAAUUCUGGUCAGGCAUCACCAUAUACAAGAACUCCUCAACGAUCUGUUCGUGGUCCAUCAAACAAUAUUAAUUCUGGUCAUGCAUCACCAUAUACAAGAACUCCUCAAAUGGCUGCAUCAAAUGAGAAAAAUCCCUGUGAGUGGCAGAACAGUUAUCCGAAUAUGAGUUUGGGAUCAUAUGCAUGUUGUAGCUCCCCACAGCCCAACAUGGGGAAUGUUUCUGUAGACACGGUGCUCUCCUAUCCCCAAGUAUAUUGUCAAACUACCUCCCAACCAAAUGAAGGCCAAAAUAUACUUGGGAAUCAAAGUCAAAACCCCACUAAUCCAGGCACCUCUAAUCUGGGAUUUGAAUGGGUAAACAGCGCAAGUGAAAGCAAUCUGCAACCUUCAGUUGGAAACAUCCAACUUGAUAAUGCGGGGCAGACUGAUGGGGCACUACAUGUUGAUCAAUUUGAUUCCUGUUUAACCAGAAGUGCCGGACUCAAUUAUGAUUACCAUUAUUAUGAGAGCUUGUUUUCUGAAAACCAGUCUGCUCCAGUGGUUCCAGAAAGCCAUGUACCUUCUGAUGAUGUUUUUUCCGCUGAACUUACUGGUGUUGAUGCAGGCAUGCUCUUAUUUGAUUUUGAAACUUCUUGGAAUGGGCUUACACGUGUGUAGUCCACAAUCACUGCCUGUGCUUCUUAUCAAGAAGCAAAGUUAGCUUAUAUUACAGAAGUGAGGGAAUCCUCUUCAGUAGGUUGGUUCAAAGCUCUUUUUUUUAUUAAAGGGGGUUUGGUUGCUGUACUUAUUUCUCGAGCUGAAUUGUACAGAAUCUCCAUAGGUUCAAUGCUGUACAGAGGCCGGAUGACUGUUCUACCGAUCCCUAAAGAUCAAACUUUGUUUGUCAGGCGUUAUGGUGUUGCUGUAUUGUUGCCGGAUCGUUAUCAUGCCUAUUGGUAGCAGUUCCGCACCCAUGCCUUCUCUGUGUCCAGAUACAUAACUUAGAUGUAAUUUUAAUUGCCUAUCCAAAUUUGUUAUCAUAGGCUGAGGAUUAUUGAAUGUCUGGUGGUUUUCCUUGUUAUCGCGGGCAUGGCAAGAAUAACUUGCUUGUUUGUUUGCCACCAGCAGAAACAAAAAUGUGGGAUGUCAAUAAAAGGAAAAUGGAUUUAGUGUCUUUUUA